AUGGGGAAGCAAAAGCAGAAACAAAAGUUUUACGCCGUUGCCAAAGGGACAACUACCGGAAUAUUUGACUUACCAUGGGACCAAGUCCGUCUGUAUGUCGAUGGGUACCCAGGAGCUGUCUAUAAAGCCUUCUCUACAAGGUCGGAGGCCAUGAAUUGGUGGCUUGAAACCUACAAAGAUGAGAUCGGGGCACAGACGGAGCCUAGAGUCAAACGAGCUCGUCCCAAUACAAGUAACAAAAGCCUGCUCACCCUCGAACCUAUCCGCCCUAAGAAAACCCCUCGGCAGGGUGAGGAUUCAAGAAUCAUGAACUGUGCAGUGGAUUUCGCAUCACCACCACCAUCCUCAGACGGCUCUUUUAUGAGCUGCCUUGAGGAAGUUGAACCCGAAUUAUCAAUGGUGCGACCCUCUCACUCUGCCGUUGUGCCAUCUGAACAUAUAUCUCUCCCAGAAACCAGUGAUGAAGUCAAGAGUCUACCACACAUAGUGGAGGAACCGGCGAUACCUCUGACCCCAGAACAAGAUAAUAUUCUGCAGGCGGUUUUGAAGGGCGAUAACGUUUUCUUCACUGGGCCUGCAGGCACUGGGAAAUCCCUUGUGUUAGCCCACAUAAAAUACAAGCUAUCCAAAGACAAUCUUGUCUACGCUGUGACGGCCCCAACCGGAAUCGCUGCAGUGCUUGUACAGGGUGUGACAAUCAAUUCGUUCUUUGGUCUGGGUACGGGUGAACAGGGCCUUCAACAUUACCUGCGAACUAGGGGCGAUUUUUCGGAAGUUAUUCGAAAAAAAAUGCAAGAAACCGAUGUACUUAUUGUGGACGAAAUAUCGAUGGUUAGCCCCGAUCUUUGGGGGAAGGCAGAUAGGAUAGCGAGAUUUCAUAGAGGAGGUGGCAAAAUGUCCUCAGAACCGUUUGGGGGCAUGCAGGUUAUCGUUUGUGGUGAUUUCUACCAACUCCCACCCGUCGAACGUGAGGACAAAAAGAACUGCCUCCACUGUGCAGAACCUUUCCCGCCAAAAGCCGAAAGAAGAUAUCUUACAGGAAAAAGUUUUCUUGACGGCCCGCUAGCCGCGAACGGUUGCUAUUUCCCGGAACUCGUCGAUGACAAUAGAUGGCUGAUCUGCAAAGGGAAAAAUUGCCAAUCUCGCAUGAAUGACUCAGUUAAAUUCGUGUUCCAAACGGAAACCUGGCAAAGCUUGAGCUUUAAAAGCCUGGUUCUUACGAAGGUUCACCGACAAAGCGACCAGGAAUGGGUCAAUAUAUUGGAUUCCAUCAAACACUCCAACUUGACCCCCGAAGUCGAAAGUUAUCUACGACGGCUUGUCCGACCAUUACCGCAGCUCCCCAAUGGCAUUCGUGCCACUAACUUGUAUUCGCACCGAAGAGAUGUUGACGCCGAGAACCAGCAAGGGCUGAACGAGCUACCCGGCGAAGAGUACUUCGUUAAGUCGAUAGAUGGGGGUUGGGUUGUUCCUCGUACAGAGGAUUCGGUAGUUAUCGAUCGGACUCAGACAAUACCGUUUCAUAUGAUCGUCGGAAGCCCCUAUAACAUCUACUUCAACACUCUCCAGGCAACUAGGGAAUUGAAGCUGAAAAUGAACGCCCAGGUAAUGCUGGUUAGUAACUUAGAUGUGAAGAACCAACUGGUGAACGGAUCAAGAGGGAUCGUAAAGGGAUUCCAGCGUUUCACUCUAGAAAAGCUUUUGGAAAAUGCGCGAUCUGAAAAAUCCAGUAAAGCUAUCCUAAAGGUUUUUUUCGAUUCCAAACAAAAGGACGGGUAUGUAAGCAUACCUUUGGUAUCGUUCCUACCAUUAGCUACGGCGGCGUCUGUUCGGCCAGGGGGGGGCAUGACCCCGAGGCCCCCUAUUCCGAUAUUCCCUGUAGCCUGGGAUAGUAAAGCAUACAUUGACGAAUCAAGGUCUGCUCUACUCCAACGAAUUCAAAUACCACUCACACUAGCCUGGGCGACGACAAUCCAUAAAUCUCAGGGAAUGACGCUCGACUACACUACAGUUGACAUCCGAAAAUCAUUUGCCGCCGGACAAUCCUAUGUAGCGCUCUCGAGGAGUCGGUCCCCCGAGGGCCUGUCUAUUCUUCUUCCUACCUGGGGUGGGCUUUCUAAAGUGAUCAUGACUAAUCCGGUAGUUGAGAGAUUUACCAAUCUUCUAAUAGCCUGCUCAACGGCGGUGCCGUCCCAAGAUCGCAACCGAAUGAAAGACGGCCCCCGACUCCAACCAGGCGCUGUUAGUGUUGGCAGCAUAGAUGAGAAUGACUUCGACCCCUUGGAUACCCUUGAAGAAUGGACUUCACGUCAACAACGGCAACGGCAACCACCACAAGCACGGCGCCCCGUUUUUAAGCAAUCCGUUGACCAAUUCAAAGCGAAUGGUCGAGGAACAGCAGUAAUUGCUACAAAUCCUAUGGGUUUGCUAAAUACCCACUUGGAACCAGUGUGUCAACCUAUGAAACGGCCAAAAGGUGAAGUAGGUCCCCGUAAACCUAGAGAUCCUACUCAAACUAGUCAAGGCGCUGCUUCAGAAAACCCCAUUUACAUACGCUGA